UCCUGACCACUCCCUUAUACUACCAUUUUAGGUUCUCCCUGGAGAGUGUACACUAUCUUCAAGUAUCUUGCUAUUAUUCUUAAUAUUCUCUAAACCCUGUCACUAUGAUACUACUGGAAACAAGGAACAAGGUUAUUGAGGAAGUGUUGCUACAGAGGUUUAAAAGUGCUGCUGGUGGUAAACCUGAAGGUAUUGAUAUCACUGUUGCAGAUUAUGAUGGUGUACUCUUUCAUGUUACCAAUCCUGAGGGAGAAAAGAACAAGAUCAGAAUUAGUAUUUCUCUCAAGUUUUACGCUGACCUCCAGAAACAUGGAGCAGAUGAAUUGAUUGAGAGGGAAUAUGGCAAGUAUUCAGUAGCAGCUGAAAGUGGUUACGAUAUAACACUAGAAGUGUCACUGGAUGACCUACCUGAGGACGUGGAAUCUCUUGCUACACAUUUUGCUUUGCUCAAGAGGAAUUGCUUUGCGUCAGUUUUUGAAAAGUAUUUUGAUAUUCAAGCGAAAGGAGGAGAGAAAUCAACCGCCAUUAUACACUACAGGGAACAGGAGACAAUGUAUGUCUCCGCCCAGAAGGACAGAGUGACAGUUAUAUUCAGUACAGUGUUCAUGGACGACGAUGAUGUUAUUAUUGGAAAGGUCUUUAUGCAGGAGUUUAAGGAGGGGAGGCGUGGCAGUCAAACUGCUCCUCAAGUCUUGUUCUCUCAUUCGGAGCCUCCACAGGAACUGGAGGGAACUGAUGCUCUCACUGGGGCCAAUGUAGGCUACAUCACUUUUGUAUUGUUCCCACGUCAUUUUAAAGAUGCAGCUGCCAGAAAUAAAACCAUUAACCUGAUACACACCUUUAGGAACUACCUCCAUUAUCACAUCAAGUGUUCAAAGGCUUAUCUUCAUUCACGAAUGAGAGCUCGUACUAAUGCUUUACUCAAAGUUCUAAAUAGAGCCCGUCCUGAGGCCAAAGUUACUGAAAAGAAGACUAUUUCUGGGCGUACGUUCAGAAAAUGACGAGUGAAAGUUUAAAACUACAUUAUUAAUAACCUGAUGUACUGUGUAACUGAUUAGUGUUUUAGUUGCUAUUAUUAUUAAUUUGUUUUUAUUAUUAUUAGUUGCAUUGCUGUAGGAUUAUUAUUAUUC